UCCCACUUUCGCAGGGAGCCGUCAGACCCUCUGGCAAGUGUCGGCUGCGCUGUGAUUGGUCGCCAGUUGUCGAAAGCCGCCGCCGUGCAUACAGAUGAUCAUAAUAACAAGAUCGUAAUAAUUAUUAUCUAUUAUAUUAUUAUAAAGUUAAUUUCUUAAAAUUCUUUACCAUAUUUCUUGUACUUUUACCUUAUUGUUCUGCGCCAAACUCAAUGUCUACGUCGUAUACAAUUCUUCGUGAAAGCAGUGCGAUUUUAUUGUUCACUACGUACCUAUACACCUGCGGUACGUCAGCGGCGGCGGCACAGCAAACAUCGGCACCAACUGGUGUGGCAACAGACAUCCGCGAACAAGACGAGUUUUCGUCAAGCGAGUGGGAAUUCUUAUUCCGAACAGAGUAUAGAAGUUGACGACCAUUAUACUCUUAGAUAUAAUAGGCAUUUUAUUUUAUUUUUUGUCAAAAUGAAAUAUUUCAUGACAUUUUAAAACCCUACAGUCGCCGUUAUCUUCUCAUUCGCAUUCGAUACAAUAAAUGAUUGCUCUAAAGACAAUUCCCUGUUGUCCGUACAGAGAUCAUUUUAUAUUCCGCGUAGACAAUAAUAUCGUUGGAGGUAUUUCAAUAUGGGACAGCGAUACCAGCCCCACAAUGUUGUGUUUUAACACCUGUUAUAAUAAUACGGACUACUGAUAAUAAAUAUCGAUGAGAUAAAUCAAUAAAAUAUCGAUCGUCGAGUUUUGGAACCCACGUUAUUAUUAUAUUUUGACAUUUUAAUUAAACAACGCUGACUGCCGAGUUUUGAAGACGCGUUUAUACAAUAUUAAUGUGAAGUGUUCUAUGUUAUAAAUAAGUUUUAUAAAUUCAAGCAAUUUCAAAAUACGUGUUAACGCGGACACAAUUAAUUUAUUUUGUCGUGCAUGAUAAUACUUUUACGUUAUUUCACUAUAUUACUCGUUUAAAGUUUAAUGAUCUGCGUUGAAGAUAUACAUCUGUGUACUACACUCUAAUCCCACUAAAUAGUGGUUCGAAUUGGAAAAAAAUUCAUCUAUUUUUUACUUGAAUAACAUUUUUGUAUAAUGGAUGUUUGUAACGCAUCGCUACCACAACACUUACCCGACUUGGUGUUGGACAUUAUAUUUUCAAACUUGAAACUAUCCGAUUUGUAUAGCUGCAUGUUGGUCUGUCGAAAUUGGAAUCGAGCAAUUAACGAUGGCAGUUCAGAGCCAUGGAAAUCGAUUUGUCGCCGUGAGUUGACCAAAGAGUUUUUGGAGUCAGAUCAUUUGUCACCACUCAAAAGCCAUAAAGAUAAAAUACGCGCCUUAUGUCAUUCAUGGAAUCCAGAUGAUUGUUCCAAGAACAUUGUCGUUGAAAAUCGUGGUUUCACAUUCGUUCGCAAUCUAAUCGCAGAGAGUACAGAUAUGGUACGAACUAAGAUUGGUUAUAAUACUGGUAAACACACAUGGGAAAUUACAUGGAUUGAACCACUAGGUACAGUUGCAAUGAUUGGUGUGUCAACAAAAGAUGCACCAUUGCGAUGUGAUGGUUACGAACAGCUGUUAGGCGCUAACAAGUAUAGUUGGGGUUGGAACUUAGUUGGUAACACUUUGGUACACAAUGCAAUACCACAUGAAAGCAGUCUCCUAUUCAACAUAACUAUUCUUUUAAUGGCACUAUUCUUGACCUUGUUUUCGUUUAUAAAUAUCUUGGUAUUCAUUAUACUCCAUCACUGAACUUUGAGCACACAUAAAUGUCACGGUAAGUAAAGCUUUAAAAGUCUCGGGAUUUAUUAAGCUCAAUACCAAACAGUUUUCGACUGCUCGCUGUCUCUGCACAUUAUAUUUCUCAUUAGUACGUUCAAUAUAGGAAUAUGGAGUGGUAGUAUGGCAUCCUUACUUGGCUAAAGAUGAAUUAAGACUCGAGGGUGUCCGAAAUAAUUUUCUUUCCUACGUUGUUCAUAUUAUGAAGAUAGUACACUCUCCUCAAGAUUAUACCUUAUUACGUAGUUUAUUGGAAAUACCAGUGCUAUCAUCACGUCGAGAAGAUACUGAUGAGCACUUCAUAACCUCGCUCCUAGGUGGCACUAUAGAUGCUCCUGAUCUCCUCUCCAACGUAAGUCUUCAAAUUCCUUCUUCUCCAGAAAUCACCCCCUCUUUCAAGUACCAUCCUAUGGACACAAUCACCCAUUACAUAGAAUGCUCUGUAAGCUAAAUAAUGUUAAUUUUGAUUUUAAAAUUUAAUAAAUGUAUUAAAUAGUUAUAAGUUUGCUGUACUAUAUCACUAUGUUACUAUAAUAUAGUACUGUUAUAAUAUUAUUAUGUUUAUAUUGAAUUGUAUUUUCUAUGUAUUCUUUUACUGUGUGUUAUAAACAUUUACUACAUAUUAAUAUAUUAAAUUUUAAAUGUAAUAAUAAAAUUGCCGAUUGGCGUUUGUAUAUAAAUAAACAAAUUAAUUAAUUACAAAAAUUAUGCUAUAGUAUUGGUAUAAGUUCUUUUUGUGGUGUAUGGAGUAAAAUUAAUUUGUGCGGGUCUUUAUGGCAAAUAUGGCAAUAGUCUAUACUAGCAGUCUCCACUAUGCGGUCCUUUAAUACAUUUUGUACGGCCCACUAUAAAACUGAAUUGUACAUUCUAAAAUCCAACAUUAUACACUUUUUAAGGGUCAUUUUUGUUUUGUACUUUUAUUAUAA